AAUUUUAAGAAUCUCACAGAGUUGGUAAAUAAUUACAAGAAAAGUAAUGAACCAUUCGUCUCUGCAUGGGAAUCGUCUGGUGAAAAUAAAGAAGCUGCAAAACAAGUACCAAAAACAGUUUUAUCUGUUGCUGAGCGUGGUGACUUAGAAGCACUUAAAGAAAUGAUAAGUCGAGACAAAAAUGCGGAUAAUUAUACGGCAUUACAUCGUGCUGCAUAUAAUAAUCAUGUAGAUUGCUUAUCAUAUUUGUUGUCAAUUGGUGCUGAUCAUGAAGCACGAACAGUUGAUGGUUGGACUCCGUUGCACUGUGCAUCUCGUUGGGCUUCAGCUGCUUGCGUUGGAGAGCUUAUUUCACAUGGCGCAUAUGUGAACAGCAGAACUAAUAACAAUCUUACUCCAUUGCAUUUAAUUUUAAAUUCAGAUGAACCUCUCGAUAAAAUUCAUGAGACAUUUCGAUAUCUCUUGGAAAGUCCAGGUUCAUUUUUUUUAUUUCUUUCGAAUGCCGAUGAAACGCCGUUGGAGCUUGCGAGGAAGGGUCCAAAACUGAUUGCGAGUACAAUCGAAAAAUUCAUCAGUAGACCGUGA